CUGCCAUCUCAUCCAUCCCACGGAAUCUCCCACAAGCCACCACGCCCACCAGCCCUUAGCAUGGUAUUUCAGCCCUGGAAAAGACACGGGAUCCCUCCUCUCUUCCCUCCUUCAAACGCACCCACCCUUCCAAUCUUCGAUGAGCAAUUAAGUACCCGUCGUCAACGCUCCCACGGUCCGGACGACAGAUAAACAGACAGACAGACAGACAGAUAGACGGACAACACAGCACAGCACGACAGGGAGAAAAAAAAUCACCUGGAUCCACCGACAAAUUCGAAAUGCUUUCUUCGUGGGCCGUCUGCGUUGCGCUCUGGACUCUGAGCAUCCAAUCCGUACGGGCGGCGGCGCCGGACAACACCAGCAGCACCUGGGUUCCGUUGGAAAACGUCAAGAACAUCUGCGGGCGGGACGAUAGCUAUUCGAGUGGGGUUUACACCUUUUCGACGAACCGUCUUGAGCCGCAGGGAGCCGUCGGUUGGCAAUGUAUGGAAGUAGGAGAUGCUCCACAUCGCUUCAAUAACGAGAGUGCCUGGGCGGUAUCGUGGAUGUGGGAAGACGACUCGGCGACGACAUUACAUGGCUUCCCGAAUGCCAGAAUCAACCACACCGUACUGCCGACCCGGAUUUCGGGUAUCAACACGUUGUGGUUAUACGCGAUAUGGACCUAUGUCGCGGGCAACGGCACUGCGAAGGCCAUAGACGGGGUCAUCAACGUGGACAUGGCUGCCAAUGUGGUGUUGGAUAUCUUCAUCGACUCGGACCCUCAAAAAGCCGGCUCUCCGACGGAGGCGAAGCACGAGCUGAUGGUAUGGCUGGGGGCGUACGGAGGCGUGCUGCCGAUAGGCUACAAGAGCACGCCUGUCAAGAAGAGAACCGUGGGGAAAGUGAAUUUCAACCUCUACGAAGGUACGAACGAGCGGGGGCAACAUGUGUACUCUUGGAUGGCGGACACAAACACUACGACGUUCUUCUCAGACAUCUCGGCCCUGGUACAAAGCCUUGCGAAGGACAGUGGAGAUGGCUUCAGCGAUGACGAUUACAUUGGUCUCGUGCGAUUAGGCACACAGACAUAUCACACGAAAUCAAAUUCGUCGGUGACCUUCACCGCUCAAGUGAUGAAGCUGGAGGUGAUACCGGGAAUACCAAAGCCUUUGGAUUCCGGCGUGGGGAGUCUGCGAGUCGGGUUCGGAUCGAUUCUGCUUCCCGUAGGAGUCGGUUUGGCAGCCAUUUUUUUCGGAUGAUUUUUGUUUCCUUUGUUUAUUUUGCCGGUAACGGCACGGGGUGGGGGCGUUUUUCUUUUGUGACCAUCGCUUUUGGACGCUAUCUAUGGGACUGGACAUGUUUUUCUUUUUCUUUUUCCUUCUUUUUCUCUUCUUUUCCUCCUUGUGAUUAUUUAAUUGUACAUUGAUACGGAGACUCUGGCAACACACGGCCACACGAAUAAAAAAUGACUGGCACGACAGGCGUCCAAGAUG